AUGGAAGCAGCCAACACCAAGUCAUUCUUCUGGGAGACCUUCCCACCCAUGCCUACGUGUCGGGUCUAUUGCAGCCCAACCUAUCAGGAUGGACACCUCUUUGUGGUGGGGGGGUGCAGCCAGCAGGGUCAGCCAUUGGACACGCUGGAAAUGUUGGAUGUGGUUUCCCACAAGUGGAUAGCGUUACCUUCUAUGCCCACCCCACGGGCAGGGGCAGCGGCCGUGAUGCUUGGCAAAGAAGUGUUGGUGAUUGGUGGAGUUGACUCCACACAGAGACCCCUGGCCUCCGUCGAAGUCUACCACACAGAUGAAGGCAGGUGGGAGAAGAAAGCAGACCUGGCUCAGGCUUCAAUGGGCAUCUCAGCCCUUGAGAAAGAUGGAGUGGUUUAUGCUUUAGGAGGGAUGGGUGCAGACACAUCUCCACAAGCCCUCCUGCAACUGUAUGAACCAGCUAAGGAUCAUUGGCAGUCUUUACCAUCCAUGCCGACACCUUGCUACGGGGCUUCUACUUUCUUGCGUGGGAACAAGAUCUACGUGAUGGGAGGAAGACAAGGCAAGCUGCCCGUCACAGCCUUUGAAGCCUUUGAUCUGGAAGUGAGAAGCUGGACACGCUACCCCAGUGUGCCCAGUCGGCGUGCCUUUGCCAGCUGUGCCAUGGCUGAGGGUUGCUUCUUCAGCCUGGGAGGACUGCAGCAGCCCGGCCCCCAUAACUUCUAUUCCCGGCCCCACUUUGUCAACACCGUGGAGAUGUUUGACUUAGAGGAAGGAUCCUGGAGUCGGCUGAGUCGUGCCAUCCGUAUGAGAGACAAAAGGGCUGACUUCGUAGCUGGCCAUCUUGGUGGACGUGUGAUAGUAGCUGGUGGCCUUGGGAACCAGUCGAGUCCGCUGGGAUCCGCGGAAGGAUUUAAUCUGGCUAAGAAGAAAUGGGAGACUUUGCCCUCCAUGCCUACCGGGCGCUGUUCUUCUGCUAGUUUGGAGGCUCCCAACCUGCUGUUUGUGAUUGGAGGGGUGGCUCAAGGCCCCAGCAGUGCGGUGGAGGCCCUGAGCUUGCAGGAAGAGGUCUGA